CUCCCGAGGGGGUGGGGGGAAUGGCGCGCGCUCCCGACGGCCAGCGGGCGGCGCGCGCGGGCACGGGCUCGCUCCCGGAGGGCAGGUGGGGGCGGGGAGCGGCCCCCGGGUUGCGCUGGCCAGUGCGGCCUGGGCCGUGAGGUCGACGCCUGUGCUUGCAGCGGCCGAGGCCAAAGGACCCGCUGCGGCUGGGUCGCCGGAGAGGGAGGGCCCCGCUGCCGUCGCCGGCCGGCCGGUGCCCGGGCCAAAAUCAUUCCCAGGACUUGAUUUGAAUUUUCUGGUUUGAUUUUCUUGUUCCUCUUCCAAAAGCUUCUAGGCGGACUUGGGCAAGAGACAGUUCCUUUGGAGCAGUGGUUCUCAGGGGGCUUUCAGCAAUGUUGGAUGUCAGAACAUGGUGCUACUGGCAUCUAGCAGGCAGAGGUCAGGGAUGGUGCUAAACAUCCCUCACUCGCAGGCAGACACCCACCACGAAGUAUGUGAUGCCGAACGCCAGUGGUGCUGCAGGUGAAGUCAGCCCAGAGGAGUGAAGCAGUUCGCCCCAAGUCUCCCCCCAGCAAGCCAGCACUGAGGAGCCUCGUGCUGGGAGCUGAUGCUGGUGGUUCUCACUCUCAUGUGUGAAGACCGGAUGCCCAGGAGCCCUCGGUGACGGGAAUUCUCCAGCCACUCCACAGCCCUGUCUCUGCCCAGUGGAGACAGCCGCGGCUCAGGCACAAGGACAGAGACCCAGGACUGCGAGGUGCCUUGCCGGGGAAGAGGAGGAGAAACCCAUCGGCUGGGGCCUGCGUGUGGCCUGGGGGACGGGCCGUCGGUCUCGGAAUGCCCCUGCCCGAGCCCAGGGAGCAGGAGGGGGAGAGCGUGAGAGCCGCCCAGGAGCCGUCCCCCGAGUCCCCUGAGCCAGGCACAGAUGUGGUCCCUGCUGCCCCCACGAAGCCCAGAAAGUUCUCCAAACUGGUCCUGCUGGCAGCCUCCACUGAGAAUGGGGCUGGGGUGUACUCCCAGCCCAAAGGAGUAGACUGCAUUAUGUCCCUGGAGAUGUCUGGCCCUGACAUGCUGACCAGGCCCUCCCAGACCCUGCCAGUACAGGAGCAGGGAAAGGCAGUCCAGCCAAGCCCUCUGUGCCCCGGACAGAAAUGCAGCAAGCCAGACACAGCAGCCCCCAAGCCCCUGGAGUUCCUGAGGACCCCAUUUGGGGGCCGCCUCCUGGUGCUCGAGUGCUUCCUGUACAAGCAGGAGAAGGCCGUGGGGGAAAAAGUGUACUGGAAGUGCCGCGAGCACACUGAGCUGGGCUGCCGGGGCCGGGCCAUCACCUGCGGCCUGCGGGCCACCGUGAUGCGGGGCCACUGCCAUCCGCCCGACGAGGACGGCCUGGAGGCCCGGCGCCAGAGACAGAAGCUGUGUAGCGCAGCCCUGCCAGAAGGCUUGGGAGUUCCCACGAGCCCUGGGGUCCAAGUGCAGGAGCCGCUGGAGGGGGUGGGCCCCUGGCUGUGCCCAGAGGAGCCAGGGCCCACCCCAGGGCUGGUGCUGAGCAAGCCGGCCCCGGAAGAGGAGGAGGGCCUGCGAGGCCUGUCACUGCUCAGCUUGCCUCCCAAGAAACGCCCAACACUGGGCAUCGGAGAGCCCCCACCACUAGAGUUCCUGAGGACGUGCUACGGGGGCAGCUUCCUGGUGCACAAGUCCUUUCUGUACAAGCGGGAGAAGGCCAUGGGGGACAAGGUCUACUGGACGUGCCGGGACCACACGCUGCACGGCUGCCGCAGCCGGGCCGUCACUCAGGGCCAGCGGGUGACCGUGAUGCGCGGCCACAGCCACCUGCCCGACCUGGAGGGCCUGGAGGCCCGGCGGCAGCAGGAAAAAGCCAUGGAGAUGUUGCUCGCCAGGCCGGGCGGCCCCGGGAGCCAAGUGGACAAGCUGCGCAGAGGUGUGGACAGCCUGUUCUACCGCCGGGGGCCUGGUGCCCUGACUCUCACCAGGCCCCAGCCCAGAAAGCGAGAGAAGGUCAAAGAUCAGGGCCUUCCAGCCCAGCCCGAAGCCCUGCAGGAUGAGGACCUAGGAGGCCCUGAGUUCCUGAGGACCCCUCUGGGGGGCAGCUUCCUGGUGUACGAGUCCUUCCUGUACCGGCGGGAGAAGGCGGCAGGGGAGAAGGUGUACUGGACCUGCCGGGAUCAGGCCCGCAUGGGCUGCCGCAGCCGGGCCAUCACCCAGGGCCAGCGGGUGACCGUGAUGCGGAGCCACUGCCACCCGCCCGACAUGGGGGGCCUGGAGGCCCUGAGGCAGCGGGAGCGGCGCCCCAGCUCAGCCCAGCGGGGUAGCCCAGGAGGCCCUGAGUUCCUGAGGACCCCUCUGGGGGGCAGCUUCCUGGUGUACGAAUCCUUCCUGUACCGGCGGGAGAAGGCGGCGGGGGAGAAGGUGUACUGGACGUGCCGGGACCAGGCCCGCAUGGGCUGCCGCAGCCGGGCCAUCACCCAGGGCCAGCGGGUCAUGGUGAUGCGCAGGCACUGCCACCCGCCCGACCUGGGGGGCCUGGAGGCCCUGAGGCAGCGGGAGCAGCUCCCCAGCCCAGCCCAGAAGGAAGGCUCAGGACCCCUCCAGCCCCUGGAGUUCCUGAGAACUUCCUUGGGGGGCAGGUUCCUGGUGUACGAGUCCUUCCUCUACAGAAAGGAGAAGGCGGCGGGGGAGAAGGUGUACUGGAUGUGCCGGGACCAGGCCCGCAUGGGCUGCCGCAGCCGGGCCAUCUCCCAGGGCCAUCAGGUGACCGUGAUGCGCAGCCACUGUCACCCGCCCGACCUGGGGGGCCUGGAGGCCCUGAGGCAGCGGGAGCAGCGCCCCAGCCCGGCCCAGCAGGAGGACCCAGAAAGCCCAGGCCCAGAUGACUUCAUGCAUGUGACUUCUCCCAAGAGCUUCCAGGAGCAUUCGCGCCAGUCCGCAAGCUCUUCCCGACAACCAAAGAGGAGGGAGAUGACUUCAGGGCAGUGGAAAUGUGCUAAAAGUGAUUGUGGUGAUGGGGGCACAGCUCUGCAGAUGCACUAAACACCAUCCAAUUCCACACUUUACCUGGAUAAGCUGAGUGGAAAGUGAAAGAUACAAACCUUGACAGCAAAUCCCGUGAGGCCCACCUCCUCCUGGCUUGAACAGAGGAUCAAGGAUGCUCUGCAUCCACACAGGACCUGCUUAGAUUUUGCUUGACCAAAACUUUUCCAAAGCAUCGAUGGCCUUCACAUUUCCUCAAGGGGUCUCCCAGGUAGAAUACUUUAAUGGUUGGUGUCCUCAUUUGGCAAAGAAGAGCUCCGGGGCCAGUACCUUGAAGACCCACUUAAGGAAGAGCUGCAGCUUUUGACCAAGAUGCCUCUUCCUCUCCACCGCUCCCAGCCACAGACACCUCUCCAGUUCAGAGCAGGCGACUUUGCCCAGGGCUUUCUGGUUGGGUGUGGCUCUGCUUCUUCAGGCUGAGCUGCCCUGUGCACCUCCAUCUGCCCCAGGUGUUUUCUGGACAAAUGCCAGGUGGACCUUCAUGUUCCCUGCCCACUGGCUGCUGGGGCGUGGCCGUCCCUCAUGGUCACAGAGCCAGCCAAACCAGAGGCCCCACUACACUUUCUGUCUGACUUCCCUUCCUUUGCCAUUUUCCAUGUCCCUAUGUCCACAACCCUCACAGCCAGUGUCCUUCCUGUCAGUGGGAACCAGCCCAGAGGUCCACAGGAAUCUAUCUGGUCCUGGGCAGACACUACCUGGCUGAAAGGCCAGCGGCAUCCUGGGUCAGCCAUGUUUGUCUGAUGGUAGUGGAGGUGCAUCCCUUUCUCCUGUCCGUAGCAGAGACCUGGCUUAGCAGGUCUGAGGGGAAGCAGGCUGACGUCCCCCCAGGAUCUCCAGUGGCUGCUGCUAGCAAGGCCACAUCCCCGACACUGAGGUUCUUUGCCCCCUCCCUGUUAUUACAGAGGGAGCACACAGCAGCAGGCCCCCUCUCCUAGCAAACCUGCCACCAAGCUAUGAGACAGUGACAGCUCGGGGCCCCCACUGUCCCUCCACCUAUACAUUUCCCCCAGUAAACCCCAUUUUAUAUCACACCGUGUAGAGCUGAUGUGUCCACAUCCCCUUUGCAACAACAGUUGGUCACCGUGAAGCCAUGGACUUCAUGGGUCUCAGUGCCCCAUGGCCAGAGUGGUGGUAUUUGGCUGAGCACAUGCCUGGAGGAGACCCCCACCCACCCAGGGACAGUGCCGGGGCACCUAGCCCAGAUGUCAGCUGGGCCAAAAGCUGAUGGAGGUCCUCUGGAGGGGCUGCUGAGGAGUCUCCAAGCCUGCAGGGCUCCCGGCCCUCAUGUUGCUGUGAGAGGCCUUGAUUCUCCACUACUGCCUCUCACGCUGAGAUCUCCCUGACUCGUUUUCCUGAGCUGGGGCAAGCUUAGGGUGGAAAUGGUGCCAAGCAAAGGGCACCUUAGAGCCAAGACCCUGGCUGUCUUCCCAGGUAGGUGACUGGCUCGUCCACAGACCUGCCAGCUCCACGGAGCCCUCUCCCACCAGCCUUGCCAGCAGUCAAGAUGGUCCAGUGAUAUGAUGGCCUACCUCCAGGUAGGAGGCAGCUGUCUGCCAAAUGAACGACCCAUCAUGCUGAUGGCCCCUCAGCAGUGGACAGUGGAAAAAGCUCUGUUUCAGGCAAUGUUCUCGGGCAGACAGCAUGCUGCCCCGUGACAAUGAACUCUAUGGUCAAAGCCAAAGACACCGGACCCAAGACCCAUCUUCAUGUCACGGAUGCGCGCGCCCCCAGGAGGCAGCCACGUGCAGAGGAAGGCGCCUGGACUCAAAGGGACGGUCAAGCUUGCGCCACCACCGCAGCACGGGCCUGUGUGCCCAUCAGGAAGCGCUAAGCCGCAGUAGUGAUCGCCACCUGCAUGUCUGCGCCCCCGGGGGGCCUCUGCAAGGCCAGCGACUUCUCCAGUCCUGAGUCCCACGCCCGGCCACUUGGAUGGGCUCCGGGCACCUGGAAGUAUGGGUGCAGCACAAGGAGAAUGGUGGAAGGCACAGGCCUCUCCUGGAUGGCCCGCUGGCAGGGCCUGCACCUCUCCCUCUCCUCUGCUCCUGCUCUGACCUUACAGGCAGAUGAUGGCCCAAGUUGCCUGGGAUGAAGACUUCCAGAGGGACAUGAAUUUGGACACUGUUGUCACCUUGGGUGGCCUCACAGCAGCUCAGCCCCUGAACUCCAGAGGCAUCCACCUCCUAAGUUGUUCCUCAAUGAUUCCACAGCCACAGAGCUGUCCCCUGUCCUAUCCCCGACCCAGAGCAAAGUGCACAGGGGCAAGUGUCUCUCUUGGAAGCUGGCCCCUCAGCAGAUGGUGACAGAGCUGCAGGGCCAUGCGCUCCUUCUUCCCUGCUCCAGCUUUGCUGCCAGUCUCCCCCAAUAACCUUGUUUAUUAUGUCUACACCGGAUGGUACAGGUGGUGUGUCUCUGUGCCCCUUUGCCUGACAAUGAGCAGCAACGUCUCAGUUAUGAAAUUUAAAAUAAAAAGUUUGCAAAGAGAGCAGAAGUACCAACAAGGAACUCCAAUUUUUUUUAAAUGGGGAGCAGUGGCCCCAGGCCCUGUCCCUAAGGUUGUAAGGUAAACAACAACAAAAUGCUUCUCAAGGUUCCACUCCCCCUCUGGCCCCAGCCCAGCUUCCCAUUCUCAUGUCCUCCAUCAAACAGCUUCUGCAGGGUGACAUCAAGGCUUCUUGUCAUACUGACAUAGGUUGGGGCCCUAAUCCAGCAUAUUGGUGGCCUUAUUGAAAGGGGAAAUUUGAACAGGUAUGCACGAUUCAAACCAGAAAUUUGGAGAAUGGCAUGUAAAGAUGAAGGCAGAGAUGGUGUGACACUUCUACAAGCCAAGGGACAGUGAGGAUGGCAGCCGACAGGGCCAAAAGCUACUCAAAAGUCACCAGAGGAAUUUUCCCUCACAGCUCGCCUAAGGGACUGUUCCUGCUGACAUCUGGAUCUCAGACUUCUACCCUCCAGGCUGUGAGACAAUACAUUUCUCCUGUUUAA